UCAUAUUCUUGGCUGUAUGACACAACCCCUCCCAGUUUACCUCCCAUUUUAGCACUUGUUCUCCUUGACCUCCCUUCAUCUAAUAUAAGAGGUGGUAAGGUUGGUGUAUACCCUCAAUGCUUCCUCUGUCAUGCAUCCAAAAUCUCUCCUGUUGCUGCUGACCGCAUACGCAGCCCAUGGUUCACUGCAGCCCCAGGCUCUGUGGCAAUUUGGCAGAAUGAUCACGUGCACCCAGCCUGAUGUCAACCCCUUCAUGUACAAUAACUAUGGCUGUUGGUGUGGCUUGGGGGGGACUGGGACUCCCAAGGAUGACCUGGAUAGGUGUUGUGAGGUCCACGACCUCUGCUACCGAGCGAGCAGGCAUCUUCCAGAGUGCCGUCCCAUCAUUGACAUCCCUUAUAUCAAGGUGUACAUAUUCUCUUGCACGAAUGGGCAGGUCUCCUGUUCAGCUUCCAACGAUGUGUGCCAGGCCUCAGUGUGCGAGUGUGACCGAGUCGCUGCCAACUGCUUCGCCCAGUCCACCUACAACCCUGAGAACAAUAACCUGGACCCCAAAACCCACUGUAUCACCUGAGCCAAGACAAAUCCUCUGGAAGCAGUACAAACAUCUGAAACUACUGUAGAUUCACUGAAUGUUUAUGAAUCCUGUUUCAUGGAUGUGUGUCAUGUUUGCUGGAAUGGAAUUUACUGUGCCAAUUAAACUGUUGACCUAUUAAAUGAUUGAAUGGCA